GGUGACAAAGCAAGAUGGCGUCUGACGGAGAAGUCCUAAACGCGGGCAUUAUAUUUCUGUAUUCUUACAUAUAUGUUGUUUAAUAGAGUACACACGGUUAAUAAUUGUUUGUAGCCGGAUACAUUAGUCCGAGCGCACUUUGACACUUCUCCUGUUUGAUAGCUUCACUUAAGGUAGCUUGCAGCUAGUUUAGCUGGCUAGUUAGCUUAGCUUGUUAGCUGCUAACAAAGAGACGCGGAAGUUAUUUAAACAUCGCUAAGUAGGGAACUAAUGUGAGUGUAAAGUGUUGUGAUUGUGUGAAAAUGUGCGAAAGAACGAUGGCAAAGUACGAGGAGGAACUUUGGCCAAGAAAAGAGGAGGACGAGCGACAACAUCAACUACUGGAUGUUUAUUAUAAGAAACAUCAUCAAGUUGUGUUACACAGAACAGACCUUGAUGAAGAACAUCUUCCUCAUAAGCAGGAGGAGGAACCACAGUCCCCCCACAUACACGAAGAAGAAGAUGUACCACAUUCCCAUCAUGUUAAAGAGGGAGGGGAGGAGCCACAGCCCACCCACAUUAAAGAGGAAGACGAGACGCCACAGACCCAUAGUGUUAAACUGACCCUUCACAUUAAAGGGCAAGCGGAGGACCCACUGAACCUACACGUCAAAAAUGAAGAGGAGGACCCACUGACCCCUCACAUUAAAGCGGAAAAGGAGGACGCACUGACCCCCUACUAUAAAGAGGAAGCGGAGCACCAAGAGCUGUUGCACAUUAAAGAGGAAGAGGAAGAACACAGCAUCAGUCAGCCUAAAUGGUUGGAGGAGUUCCCAGUGACUGGUGUCCCUGUGAAGAGUGAAGAUGAUGAGGUCAAAGGUGAAAGUGAGGAGAAGAGAGAGGCGGAGCCUCCAAGCAGCAGCUCAACACAACACAUGACAACAGAAGCUGAUGGAGACCACUGUGGAGGAUCACAAGCAGACAAGCUCUUAGCUCCACUAUCAGAUAGUGAGGACACAACGUCACACUCUCCUGACACUGAUGAUGAAGACUCAAAAGAUGAUAAGACAUGUCACACUGACAACACUCACUUCACAUGUUCUCACUGUGACAAAAUCUUUAAAAAAAAAUGGUGUCUGAAAAGACACAUGAGAACACACACUGGAGAUAAACCUUUUUCCUGUUCAACCUGUGGUAAAGGUUUUACACAAAGUCAACAUUUGAAAGUACACACUAGAACACACACUGGUGAAAAACCUUUUUCCUGUUCAACCUGUGGUAGAGGUUUUACACAAAGGCAUCAUUUGAAAGUACACACUAGAACACACACUGGUGAAAAACCUUUUUCCUGUUCAACCUGUGGUAAAGGUUUUACACAACGUCAAGAUGUGAAAGUACACAUGAGAACACACACCGGUGAAAAACCAUACACCUGUUCAAUCUGCAACAGAAGCUUUUGUGACCAAUCAAACCUUGUAGUACACAUGAGAACACACACAGGAGAGAAAGUGUUGAGUUGCAGUGUGUGUGGUGAAAGAUUCUCUUAUAAGAAGCAGUGUAAGAAACACAAGUGUGCUGGUGAGAACAGCAGCAGCAAAUGAAACUGCAGGAUUUGAAAUAAACUGUCAAGACUUUAAUUUUGACUUUCUAACAACAUCAGCACAUAUAACACGUGUGACAUUGUUGUUUAACAAUCUUUUUAACUGCUCCUACAUUUAUAGAUUAGAUGUUUUAUAUUAGUGCUUUUUUCAGUCAAGUACAUGCAUUAAUAUGCAACAUUGUGUACUUUAAUUAAAAAUUUAAUGGAAAAAGUUGACUGAAAAGGUGAGAGUAAACAGUACAACUCAUUUUACAAAGAUUUUUUUAUGUGUAUAUGUAUUUGCAAUACAAUUUUAGACUUAUUCAUAAUAUUGUUUAUUUUAGGUGUUUGAAAUAUUGAAGCGAUAUACAUAUAUAUAUAUAUAUUUUAAUUGUUAAUGAUCCCAUAUAUUAGCACCUUUAUAUGAUAUACAUAUAAUAUACAUUAUAGAAAAGCGCUAUACAAGUAUAACCCAUUUAUCAUGUAUUAUUUAUUUGUACCCGGGUCACAUCUGAAACAUCUGGACCACUUUAGGAAGCAUAUUAUUAUUUACUUUAUACAUCAUUUGAGCAGUUGUCCUUUAUACAAUUUUAAAAUGUGUGACUUUAUGAAUCAUUUGUUGGGUUUCUACAAUCCAUUUUAUUAAUUAUCUUUAAUACUCUCUUUAGAAAUAUGAUGAUUGUGUUGUGAUUGUUUUAUAUGUAUGUCCCCAGACCUUUAUGCAAUAUGAAAGUGAAAGAAAAUGGCUAAAUUGUCUGUGGAAGGAUGUUUUUGUUUUUUUACAGUUACAAUUGUGGAUUAAAAAAAAAAUCCCAUUGUUGUGUUUUAAACAUUUGUUACGUUUUUUUUUUUCUUUCUUUUUUAACAUCCCCAAAACAAUAUCAAUAACAAUCAAAGUUCGGAGUAUUAGGCAAAAGCCAAUAAUGAACAUUUACUUUACAUACAUUUAUAAUAUAAACUGUUUAUUUUGUUUCCCUAUCACAGAAUGAACAGGUGUUGUCUUCAAUUGCAAAACAACAUCCUAAAAUUAUUUUAAGUGGUCUAUUCCGUUUUUUUUUUUUCUUAAAUGAACUCCUUUGCUUUUAGAAGAAUGGAAACUUUCAACAUGAGUAUUUUUUUGUUCCACAGAAAAUACAGUAAGGAAAUAAAAAAGAUGAUAUGCUGUAAUUAUAAUAAUUUGAACAAAAGCCUUUCCAAAGAGGCGCACAGCUGUAUGUGCGGCGGCAGGUGCUUGAGCCGUAACAAUUGUUCUACAAUCCUAUCAGCAAUGAAAGGCAGUUUGGUUUCCUUAAGGCCGAGUGUAUGCCUUCCAUGAAUGUUCACUGUGCUCCCCAUAAGCUGUGGCUUGCUAUUGAGAAGAAGUCAAGAGUGCAUAUUGUCCCUUUUUUGCUGGCUCUGUAAUUACAUAGGAUCAUAGAAAACCCAAUCUAAACAAUAAAAAUUCAUAUUAAAUGUUCAA